CUCGCGCACAGCUUCUGGUGUAGCGACUUGGGAGGGGUGCCGAGCCGGAGCGCAGCACCGUUAGCUUCCAGCCCGAGGGAAACUAAUGGCUGGGGCCCGCGACUAUCCAGCAAACUAGAUGCACGCAGCUCCGCUGAAUUCAACGGGAGACAUCAGGGAGGAAUAAACAGACGCGGAUUUCAGCCAGACUUUUUGCUGUUUUUUGGAAAUAGUUCACCUUCAAUUUGAAAGGUUGCUGGGAUGGGUAAUCUGCUUAAGGUCCUAACCAGGGAGAUUGAAAACUAUCCGCACUUCUUCCUGGAUUUUGAAAAUGCACAGCCUACCGAUGGAGAGCGAGAGAUUUGGAAUCAAGUAAAUGCAGUUCUGCAGGAUUCUGAAAGCAUUCUAACUGAGCUGCAGGCCUAUAAGGGGGCUGGACAAGAAAUAAGAGAUGCAAUUCAAAACUCAGGUGAUGAUCAGCUUCAGGACAGAGCAUGGAAUUCAGUGUGUCCCCUGGUUGGGAGACUCAAGAGGUUCUAUGAAUUCUCCAUAAGAUUGGAAAAAGCAUUACAAAGCCUUUUAGAGACUUUGACAUAUCCACCCUACACACCAACUCAGCAUCUGGAACGGGAACAAGCUCUAGCCAAACAGUUUGCAGAGAUUCUGCAUUUUACUCUCCGCUUUGAUGAACUCAAGAUGAAAAAUCCAGCCAUCCAGAAUGACUUUAGUUACUACCGACGGACAAUAAAUCGCAACCGAAUUAACAAUAUGCAUUUAGAUACUGAGAAUGAAGUAAACAAUGAAAUGGCCAACAGAAUGUCCUUAUUUUACGCAGAAGCAACACCAAUGCUUAAAACACUAAGCGAUGCGACAACCAAGUUUGUAUCAGAGAACAAGACUCUGCCUAUUGAAAAUACAACUGACUGUUUAAGCACAAUGGCAAGCAUAUGCAAAGUCAUGCUUGAAACACCGGAGUACAAGAGCAGGUUCACCAAUGAUGAAACUCUGUUGUUCUGUAUGAGAGUGAUGGUGGGCGUCAUCAUCCUUUACGAUCAUGUACACCCUGUGGGAGCAUUUGCAAAAACAUCAAAAAUUGACAUGAAAGGAUGUAUAAAAGUUUUGAAAGAACAGCCACCAAAUAAUGUUGAGGGCCUUCUGAAUGCACUCAGGUACACCACAAGACACCUGAAUGACGAGUCAGCAUCUAAACAGAUUCGAACAAUGCUUCAGGUUCAGUAAUUCCCUGGGCAAGAGGAUCCCUGUCCUGACCUCAGAAGAUGUACAUGUUUACAUAAUUUAAUACAAGUUGGUGUUAAUACUUAUUUGUCUUAUUUACCAUAACCAUUCCCUCCUCAUCAUUUAACAGAUAAAGAAAGAUCUUUAUAAUAAAACUGAUGAAUGGCUUUUUUUUUAAUUUUUACAUAGCAUAAAAAGCAUACCUGCAGCCUUAUAAUUGAUGUUGCAAAGUGCAGUUUGGUUUUGCCAGAAUUGAUGUACAAUGUUGUAUUCUCCAGUAAGGGUUUCUCUAUAUAAGCUAUAAGACCUGGUACAUCUGCAAAUGUAAUUGUAAAUUUGCUCACAUCUUUAGUGUCUUUGCAUUCAGGGAAGCAAUUCUUCCUGAGGGGGGUGGGAUGGGGAGGAACCCUCACAAAUUAGCAGAUUUUUUUUGAAUUAUCUUUUGCUUCCAUUCAGCUAUUUUAGACAAGAAUUGCUGAAAUUUAAUGAUCAUCCAUUGCAGCAAUCUUGUCGGGCAGAUGCGUUGAGGUUUGGAGGAGGCGACUGUCUUUCAAUGCCCUAUGGUGUCGAAUUUAAGAAUUACUUGUUUAUCUGUAUUUUCUUUUGAAUCUCAGAAUUUUAGGAAAGUCCAUAAUAUUAAAAUGCCAUACCAUUUUAACUGCACCACGUUUCUACUUGCCAUCUGAAAUCAGAUCUUUAAAUUAGAACAGAUUUUUUUCUUUUUUUAAAACUGUAAAAGGAGUUAAUAAAAUUGUAAGUUUGGUGUUGACUUAAUGGGCAUUAUACAUGUUAAAUUGUGCAUUUCCUGUUUUUGUGCACUUUCAGCUAACAGAAAGGGGAAUGUAAAAUACAGGUAACAAAAGAUAAAUUUGCUAUCAGCAACAAACAACUGUGGCACAAAGGUUAUGUACUCACAGAUAAAUGUAAUUCCAGUCAUUGCCAAGUAUGAACUAGACACCCAUAAAUACCACACUCUAGUAAACACGAGGCACUGAUAAAUCACCAGAUCAAAUUUUUCUUAAGGGUGUUAUUACGAAUAUUAAAUUUUAAUGAUUGAAGGAUCUUUUUAAAAAUAAAUAAGGUCUACAACAAACAAUAUCUCCUGAAAAGCAACUAAGAAAGGUGGUGCAAAAUAUAGGCAAGACAGAACAAAUGAUUUCUUUAAAUAAAACAAUGUAGGCCUUUAGAGGUCUUUAAUUCCUUCACUGGUACAAACCUAUAUUUCUAUUUCAAUGUAUUUUUUUAUACAAGCAAUAAAAUUUCACGUGUUGCAUUCUGUGAAUGAAGUACACAUAAAAAAUGCAAUUUACUAAGAACAGUAACAAAGUCUUUCAUACUUCUGUCCCACAAAUUAAGAAAUUCACAACAGUUGUUUCCAUUAAAGGGCAUGGCAAGAUAUGUCCUGUUGGAAGAAGCCAGGAGUGGUCAGCAUUUGUGUAAAGAUCCCAUUUCUGAUACAUGUGUGCCAAUGAUUAUUUAUACCACAGGUUUACCAUUGGUUAUUCUUUUAAACUACAUAUUUGGUUAUUAGGAUGGCAAUGAUAGUGGGGAUUUCUCGGGCUACCUACUUUGUCUCAUAAGUUGGCUUUCACUUCCUUGAAGAGGUGGCAAAUUAUCACCAUGAACUGAUAAAAAUUGAAGGUUUGUACAAACACCCCACUGCAUUUAUUAUUUUUAUUUGCUUAUUAUAGAACAUUUGAGAUUCUAAUUCAUUCCCCUUCUAAUUAUUUUUUAAAAAUGUUGGCUAAAUUCACAGAUUUGAUUUCUUCUUGAGAAAUUGAAUUCUCAAACUCCAUUAUUGUGAAGCAUUGUAUAUACAUUUGAAACCUUUCCAUUAUAAAUAGGGUAAUUAUCAAAGUGUAUCUGGAGCUGGAUUUAAUUGAGAAUCGAGACCCCCCCCCCCCCCAAGGUUUUUAUUUCCGAAAAUACAACUCUACUAGUAAAUGACAAAUCUAUUAAUGUUCACUUACCUUCAUGUCCAUAAACACUUAUUGUUAAGAAAACAAACAGAGUUUGCUUGAACAACGUUGGUAGAUCAGUGAUUCCAGUCCUUGCAGUUAAUGUUUGUCACCUCUGGAAGCGUCAUGAAUUACUGGUAAGACUCUUGUACAAGUAAACUCUUGUAUAAAGAAUUGUCAGAAUUUAAAGAUAAAAUGGCCAGCAUCUGAUUCAGUUUAACACUUCAAACUAGUUUAAGCCAAGUGAAUCUGCUCCUGCAGUGUAAAUGUCAAAAAGGCCAAGAAUAUUGUAUGUUGUAGAAGUAUAUUGAUGAAAGUUUCAUCGUGAUGCCUGAUUCUAAGCAAGUCCCUUUUUAGAUAUGCACUCUUCUUAUUUGCAAGCUGGUAUAGUCCCAAUUCCAGUACUAACCAAGGAUGAUUGGUACAACUUUUAGUAAUACAGACGUACGUUAAGAUUGCACAGUUAGAAAUUCAGCAUUUGUUGUGAGUUUGCAAUCAGUGCAUUAUAGCGUUAAAUCUGUUUGAGGAUUUUUUUUGCAAAUCCCUUUGUGUACUUUGAAUGCACUGAAAAAUGAAAAUGUGGCUUAAACACAUUCCCUUAAUGUAAACAUGAGCUAUUAGGCUGAAGCUAGGCUUGUUGAAUGGUGGCAAGACACUUCAAUUCCAUAGUACUAAAACAGUGUUCAUUCAAUGUGAAAUUUGCUAUUUUAUUCCACUACGAUUUGUUGUUGCAGUUUAAUAAGAGUAAUAAAAGCUUUGAUAUUGUUUGUGACACAAUGUAUCUUGAUCUGUAUUUUGAAAUCUAAUUUAAAACAGAUUAAAAAUAAUGAAGAGUAAUUUGGUCUGGCACUACUGUUCUUGCUUAAAGCAGUAUUGUCCCAAGUACAACUUAAAUAAUGACUGUGUUCUUUAAGUCCAUUGCUGGGCAGGAACUCUGAUAAUUCAGAAUUUAUCUAACAUUAUAAAGUACUGAUUUGACUAACUGGAUAUAAAAAAAAUCUUCCUAUAGAUUUUUUUUACUUUGACAAUUAUAUAUUCUAGCUGAAACCGGCUAUUUGCUUUGUUUUGUACAUUAUGUAUGUGUGAAGUGAAAAUAAAACUAUUUAGUGUAUUUAUAUUCUAAA